GGGGCCCAGGUGAGCCGCCCCGCAGCGAGGAAGCGAACUGGACUUCUCCGAGAAGGUCCGUCCGUGGCACUCGGCUUCUGACCGCUCUGCUUAACUCCAGGACUGUGUUAGGGUGUCCGAUGUCUGGCAGGUUGGGGAGCAAGGAGAGAGGCGGACCAGGAGAUGCCGGCCAGAGGGAAAACCCAGAAAGAACCUUUGACCUGGUUUUGAACGUGAAAUGUCACACCUCUGAGGGCGAAGAUCCCGUGGUUUUGUGGAAAUUCCCAGAGGACUUCGGAGACCAGGAAGUCCUGAGGAGCGUGCCCAGAUUCUGUUUCCCCUUCGACGUGGAAAGGGUGUCUCAGAAUCAGGUGGGACAGCACUUCGCCUUCGUGCUGACGGACAUCGACAGCAAGCAGCGGUUCGGGUUCUGCAGACUCACCUCCGGCGGCAGGAUCUGCUUAUGCAUCCUCAGCUACCUGCCAUGGUUUGAAGUCUAUUACAAGCUUCUCAAUACGCUGGCAGACUACUUGGCUAAGGAACAGGAAAGUGAUUUGAAUGCAACGCUCACAGCGCUCUACAACCACCCCGUCCCGAAGGCUAACAGCCCUGUCACCCUGAGUGUGAACCAAGAGAUAUUUAUUGCCAGUGAGCAAGCUCUGAGAGAUCAGCCAUCCCUAGCACCGCACUCCUACUUCAUCGCCCCGGACGUCACCGGACUCCCAACCAUCCCCGAGAGUCGGAACCUCACGGAGUACUUCGUGGCCGUGGACGUGAGCAACAUGCUGCAGCUGUACGCCAGCAUGCUGCACGAGCGGCGCAUCCUCAUCACCUCCAGCAAGCUCAGCACCCUGACUGCCUGUCUGCACGGCUCGGCCGCUCUGCUGUACCCCAUGUUCUGGCAGCACAUCUACAUCCCCGUGCUGCCGCCGCACCUGCUGGACUACUGCUGUGCUCCGAUGCCCUACCUGAUUGGAGUACACUCCAGCCUCCUAGAGAGAGUGAGGAGCAAAUCCCUGGAGGACGUGGUGAUGCUGAACGUGGACACCAACACCUGGGAGUCGCCGUUCCCCGACUUGGACAACCUCCCCGGUGAUGUGGUCUCGGCCCUGAAAAGCAAGCUGAAGAAGCAGUCCACGGCGACGGGGGACGGCGUGGCCAGGGCUUUCCUCCGGGCGCAGGCCGCCUUGUUCGGGUGCUACCGAGACGCGCUGAGAUACAAACCCGGGGAGCCCGUCACCUUCUGUGAGGAGAGCUUUGUGAGGCACCGCUCCAGCCCCAUGAAGCAAUUCCUGGAGACGGCCGUGAACCUGCAGCUGUUCAAGCAGUUCAUCGACGGCCGGCUGGCGAAGCUGAACGCAGGAAAGGGGUUCUCCGACGCCUUCGAGGAGGAGAUCACCUCCGGGGGCUUUUCUGGAGGGAGCCCGAGGUCGUAUCAGCAGUGGGUGCACACGGUCAAGAAAGGGGGUGCCCUGUUCAACUCCGCCAUGACCAAAGCGACCCCCGCGAUGCGGACAGCGUAUAAAUACGCCAAGAGCCACGCCAAGCAGGGGAUCAGGGAAGUGAAAAGCAAGCUCAAACACAAGGAGAGCGAGGACGAGUAUGGGACCUGCUCCGGUGUUGUGCAGUACACCCCGGUCUACACCGCACACAACCACCAGGCGGGAAGCCGGGAGAGGCGCAGGCUCACCCAGGCACGCUUACACAGGCCCCUCAAGAGCCUCGACGAUGGCGCGCCGUGUGAGGACGAGUUCGAGGACGUGGACCGCACCAGCAAGUUGUCCUCGGAGGACGGAGAGGAGGCCGCGGCCGAUUUCUACGAAAGCGAUGACUCGGUGGAGACGCGGGGGAAGGCGCUGUACUCGGGGGAGAUGGACCUGCUGGGCGAGAUCCUGGACACGCUGAGCACGCACAGCUCGGACCCGGGCAAGCUGGCGGCCGCCCGGAGCCUGGACUUCUUCCGCUCCAUGGACGACAUCGACUACACGCCCGCGAAUAAAUCCAACGCCCCGAGCGAGGAUAACCUGGCGGCCCUCUGUGGCGGGUCCGGGGACCAAGGCGAGUGGCACCGCGGCCAGGACGACAGCGCCCUCCACGGCCGACACCUGCCCCCGUCCCCCCGGAAGCGGGCCAGCUCCAGCUGCGCCACCGGCUCGCUCUUCAGCCUGAAGGAGGAGAGCGGCGCCAGACCGCCGGACGGGGCCCCCGGGAGCGGCCCCCCCGGGGCGGACCCGCCGGCCUCCCCCUCGGAGCCGGGUGUCCCGCGGGCUCCUCCGGACGCGGCCGCCCGGACCGAGGAAGGGAACGCGGACCAGGAGGAGACACUCACCCGGGCCCCCGACGGUCUGCCGAUCCCCGGCCUCGAACGCCGGCCGUCCUCCUCGGUCCCGUGGGAGAAGGACGGGAAAGGCGCUCGGGAGGCUCCGGGAGACCGCGGGCUGCCGCUCCUCGAAGCCGUGUCGCCCGCCUGCCGGCCCGACGGGAGCAUCGAGGCGGGGGGCACGCGUGGGAACCAGGCCUCCUCCGCGGAGAACUGAGAGCCAGCCUCGGGCGUCCACGCGUCUCCGGGGAGACACGGGAGGGUCCCACGGAACCCCGUGCAGUAAACAGUUGUUCGUAGGCAUGGCAACGCU